AUGCUGCAUGACAAACUUGGUUUCGAUUUCACGGUGGAGCAUCACUACUUCUCUCUUAAUGAAAUCGAUGAAUUGAGUGAGAAAGUUAUUCCGUCACUAAAGAUGGAUUUUGCAGUUUUCGUCGUUCACGCUCAAGAGUCACGCGUGUCGAUAAACGAUGGCCGCGGUUAUACCAAGGUAUACAGAGCUUUAAUGAAAGCUACAGGUAAGAAUUCAAAACGCCACCAGUAAUUCGUCUUAUUGCUACAAUUUUCAUUGAAUUGCAAAUAUACAUUACAGAUCUUUCUGGCCGGAUUUAUGUAGACAAAAACGGAGCGUCAAUGGCGUUAACAGUAAGCCGUCAAACGACCGUCAAAUUUGAACAGAUAACCGUCACAAAAGUUUAUGUUUUUACCGUCAACCGUCAAAACGGUAUAACCUUAUCAAUUAUUUACUGCAACUCAGAAACAAUUCGAGUCAAUCGAGCGAUAUAAGAUGCGAGUUUUCAUCGGUGAGGACCAAAUGAACGCAUUGGGAGUUUUAGGCUAUGGAUAGCUUUUUGCUGGCACGACUGAAAACGAUAAGGUUUCUGUUCACACAUAAGAAUGGUGACCUCGGCACGAUUUCUGUAACGGAGCAAAGCUGGACCGCGCCGAUCUCUAAGCAGAUUGAGAGUCACAUAUCGGAUAGGUGUUCAUACUAUACUGGAUAUAGCUUUUCGUGUCGCUACGACUCGGAAAAGCUAUCCAAUAUAGCUGUGUGAAAAUAGCCUUAAUCUUCCUUUUAUUGCCAAGAGUAACAGACCUGUGCGAGACUCUCCAUUAUUCUUGUUAUGACAGGUGAACUCAUUGUAUGACCUGUAUUUUAUCGUGACCAAAUAUGUUGAAAAUAUUUUAUAUUAUUAUAGGUUUUAUCGUAAGCUGGCAAAAUAUAUCACAUGAUUUUUAAUGUGAAAAACCGCGACGAACUCCAGUGACCGUGUCCUUUGAUAUUUAAAGAAAUACAAAGAUUAUAUUAAAUAUUAGUUUUAAAAUUCAUUAGAUGAAAUUUCCUUGAUAACCUUCGUCCGUCAAAAACCCCGCUACAAUUUAAACCAAUCGUCAAAAUCGCCAACAUUUAACCGUCAAAGCUAAACUCCCAUUGAGACCCUCAAAAAAGCAUUGGAAAUCAGUGUGUCAGUCACCAUUUAGUCAUACGCACUCAUGAACAAUUGGUAUAUUGUGACUGAAAUGCGCCACACUGAUUUGCGUUGCUAAACAAGAGCCCCUAUAACCAGCAAGAAUGAACAAAUUACUCACUCGAUCCUACCAAGACGGAGUAUAUGCUGCUCAGCAGAAGUGGGCUACUGACUGGGCCAAAACGAGCUAUUAAGAUGGGUGACGAUUAUGUUUAUUUAUUUAUUUAAUUUAUUUAAUUCAAUAUUUAUCCAGGGGCAUCCAAUUUAGCAGAGCUAGUUUAAAUGGAGCCCUGACAAAACACAAAACCAAAGACAUUAAAACAUUAAAAUAAAACAAUUAAUUAAGUUAAGACAACAUGUAACGCAGGUGUUACUGUUUAAAGUGGCACUUUAGCUUGAUUUUGAAUUCACUGAGGGUCUCUACUUGUCUAAUGAUUCUCGGUAGGGUGUUGUAGGUCCGAGCACCGUUUAUUCUGAAGCUACCUUGGUAUUUGGUAGUUUUUGCGAAGGGAGGGCGCAGCAAUCACGACUUCUGGUGUUAUAGCCAUGGAAAAGGUGCGCGUGUCUAAACUCUGAAAGUAAGUACGAAGGCGCUAUUCCGUGAAGACACUUAUGGACUAAGACGCAUUUGAGGUAAUUUCUGCGUGCUUGUAUAACUAGAUCGUCAGCCUCCGCGGUCCUCUGAUGGGUACCGACAAGCAUAAUCUUCGUUUUUUCAAGAUUAGGUAUUAGAAAAUUAUCGUGAAGCCAGCUAUCGUUAUCGAGAUUGUUUCUACAAGAUGCUUAGAUGUGUAGAUAGACAAUGCUCUUAAAUGGGAUCUUCACGUAUCGGAACUAGCGAAGUCGUUUACGCAGAAGUUGAACUUACUUAUUAUAAAUCACUGUACUUCCUGCCUAGAUAGGCGAGAACUGAUUUCUAUUUUUGGGUUAUUUUGCCCUCUGUUACGUAUGGAAUGUUAGGUUGGGACUCUUGUGGUGAAGUACUUUUCUCGAACCUAGAAUCUAUACUGUUAGAGCGGCAAAAUAAAAUUUAAUUUAGAUUGGUGACGUCAGGCCAGGAGGUUCUUGCCACAGCAAAAUGGAAUACCUUAGAGUUUCUGUAUGAGAAACGAUUAUUAAUUUUGGCGCAUUAGGAUUAUUAUCAUCUUUUACCUUGUCCUAUGAACUGUCUUUUUGACGCUUUUAAAAAGUCACUCAAGUGUAUUUUUAAGCCACAUAUAUUAUGAUGAUGUACUUUGUAGAAUUUUUAUUGUUGCUAUUGUAAAUACGUAGAAUUCUUAUAUUAGUCUUAUCGUGCUUAGUUAGGAAGUUUAAUUUUGUUGUUUGUAUACGACCACAUCAGCUUUGCUGAAUUUUUAAUCGUGUUUAAAUAAAUGCUGUUAUUAUCAGUUUUACCAAAACAACUCAAUCUUGUCCCCAGGUUUUCUCGAUUAAUGGUUCAAUAAUCUGACGUCAUCGGUUCAAUAUGGCAAAAUUCCUCCAAAUUUGGUCAACAGUAGCUGGUUAUGAUGAAUUAUGCGUGUGGUUUUAGCCAAUCAGAAGCGGAGAAGUAUUUUGAAUGAAUAAUAAUAUGCAGUAUUACACUCUAUAUGAAUUUGGAGCUAAUUGUUAAGUAAUAUAUCAUGCAUGAAACACAGUCACUGUGUUUCAUCACCAGAUGAAACACUGAGAAGAGAGUUGAAAACACGACGCGCAGCGGACGAAUUUUUGGCGGACUUCGAUGAGUUUCAUCUGUGUCAAAUGCUCGAUAUUACUUCUCAAAAAAAAAAAAUGAUUUGAGACGGAGAAAUUAAGGAUGCAAAACCGAGCAGUUUUUCAUCUGAUUUCCAAACACUUAUUAAACACUUUAAAAUUUCCUUUGUAUUUUAAUUACUAAUUAUUUAUGAGUUUGAGAAAUAUUGUUUAUUCAUGUCUUAAGUAAAAUCACUCUAAUUCGGCUAUUUUUACUACUCUAGUAAUCUGAGUCCAGUUAUUUCAACUUUUAAUCAAUAGAUACUUCCUGCUGUCAUGAAUUCGUAUUUGAUCUCAGUACACGUUCAUGGUGGCAGCCAUGAUGUCAUGAUAACAGUAUUCAACGUUCAUUUUUAAAAUUCGGCUACUGUUACAUGCUACUUGGAUCUAACGGUGACCAGUCUUCCCAAAAACAAGGUCAAGUUUCUCUAACGUAUAUAUUCUUUUGGUAGAAGGCAAUGUUAUUAUUGUCAUUGGUGCAGAUGACAACUACAAAAAUGAAGAGGAGGAAGAACGAUCAGUUAUCUCGCCCUGGGCCCGAAGAAUUGUCUGUGUACAGUUCAACGAAGAAUAUUUGGAUGGAAGAAAAAGCUUCGUCUUUUCCUGGGGCGAAAAACACAGGCAAAUCCACGUGGAAGCUCUGAUGCAUUUUUUAAAUCCAGACAAGAAUGGUGAAAAGUUUAAAUAUCAGCUGCCAAAAAAAGCAGACCCAACCUCGAAGGCCAGACGAAAAACCAGGGCUGAAUCCAUUCCAACAGAAGAGGAAGAAAACAAAUGCCUCUCAGAUACUGGGAAAAUUACUCAAGGAAAGCGUGCUUUUAUUCCUUUAAUUUUCCCCGACCAGUAAAAAAUAAAAGUAGGAGAAAACAAAGGUUUAGGAACAGUGGUCUAUUUCUUCACGAGUGAGGUCGAUCUUUUCUAGGGAUACAGGGUUGACCACAUACAACAGCUACUUGCAAGACGAUCCUUUUAUCGACUUCAGUGCUUUUUUUUGCAGUUUGUCUUCAGUCGUUCGUUAGUUUUUCUCUCUUUUUUCUUUCAACCAUUAUAAUCCGAUAGAGGUAAUUCGUACCUUGUUCACCUGUAUAGUCUUGGCAGUGCAUUAGAAUAAUUAGAGAUGCAACUGCUUUUUUUUUUUACCCACAGGCUUGGCAGGUCUCGGUUUUAGCGUAGGACUGGAAAUUCCUUCUUAUGGACAAAGGGAUCAAAGUUACAAAACUGGAAGAAUUAGCGGAGCAGGUAUCGGAAGCCAUGGGGCUGUGCCUCAAAGGGCUUUAGGAUCAACAAUGGUUCCAAACCCUUUGAACUCAUCAGGCGAAAGGCUUUCCUCUAUGGGAGGGACACAGAUUCCUUCUUGGGAGAAAGGUCCAGAAUUCAGUAGUAGAAGCAUUGGUAGAUCUGGCAUCCAAAGCCAAGGGGCUAGACCCAAGGAAACAACGUUGUUCACAAAACAGCCACUGGAAACUAAUGGAGGUUAGCAAAUGUUACAAUCAGCAUUUCUUCAACUGUUAAGUUGAAAGUAAUUUAGCCAAUAAACGUCUAAUGUUUGUUCCACCUUCAUUUAGAAAAAGAAUGACUGGAGAGAGCGAUCCUUUACCCUUAUGAAUUGCGAGUUUUGGCUACCAAUCACUUAUUGAAUUUAUAUCCUAAGUGUUAUGUAUACUGCCAUCAAGUUGAGCAUAUAGUUUUGACAAAACAUCUUCUCAUGAAAGAAAUGUAGAACUUCUAGUUAAGAAUUUUAGCCUUGUUCUCGGCCUGGUAUUGAAGAGCGAAACCGAACAAUGUGAAGCGAGCGCGUUAUACACAAGUGAGUGGUUGGAGUGUUAAAAAUGGGGAAAAACAGAGGUUAGGGAACAGUCUACCUGGAAGAAGUUGUUGAAGUGUUCCUUUUCGAACGUCCUUUUGAAUGGCGCAGUGAUGAACAAACAAAUACUUGCAAAACGUCGUCCCAUAGAUUCCUGGAUCGGACAAAUUUUUGCGUGUGCAAUCCGGAAUCUGCAGGGAAAUCUUCGCUGGUGGAUUCCGAAAUUCUGGGCUUUGAAAUCCGGAAUAUAGCUCAUGACAAGGAAUACGAAAUCCAAGUUCAACUGAGGCGUGGAAUCCAGAGUGCAACGACUUGGAUUUCCUUACAUCGAGCGUAAGACGAUAUUAUUUUAUCGCCUAAAGUUUUUUUUCGGUUGUCCUUAGUUGCCUUUCCUCUCCUUUUUUUCUCUCCCUAUUUCUCCCCCUCCCUCCGCUUUACCAUAUUGUGUACGUAAUAGACUUAAAUGGUACUUUUGUCUUCUUUAGCACAUUAAAGGUGUCCCUGUUUUUCCUUCCUCCUUCAGGCUUGGCAGUUCUCAGUUGUAACGUUUCCGAGGAAGCCAUAAACGCAGUAAAACAGGUUCUCGAAAGCAUUUGUCCUAAACUGAAUCUUCAUUCACAGCCUUCAGUUAUAAGCCUUAAAACUCCUGACCAAAUUAAGCAGUACCUAGAGAGACACUCGCUCCAGUUCUGUGUGUUGGUAGUCGAUGGGGAAACAAUAAAAGACGCUUAUGAGAAUCUACCUCCACGGAAAGUUGAAUAUGAAAACCUUUUCAAGACGGCAGUGGAGAGAGUUGGUAAGAUAAGUGCUCAUUUUGUAAUUUAAAAAAAAUAAACUUUUCUUCUCUCGCCACAUUUACUUAAUUAAUUUCCAUAUGGCUUUUGUGUGCAUGUGCGAUCAAUUCCUACACGGCCUACACGUGGUGCGUCUAGUGGCUGCAGUGUUCUAGCGUUGAGGUGGGGAGGAAAGAAGGAAGGAAGGAAGGAAGGAAGGAGUCAUUAAUGAGAGAACAACAGAAGUGCCCUCUCUACGAUAUAUAUUAACAUGUCAACAGUAAGCUCGGCGAUUAUAACUUCCAGUCAGGUGCUGUACCUUCGGUUUGGUCAUUGAUAUGGAAGUUUUAUUCUACCUUGCCUGUUCCCCACUUUAAGCCAUAACAUAACAAGAUACGAUCGGUGUAUAAUUCACUAUAUAAGACAGAUGUAUUUAAGUUUGGAGAAGGCCGUCUUUAAAUUUUCUUUUUUCACACGACGAAAGCAUUGUUUGGUAGUAGGUUCGGUAGCAGGUUCCAUUCAUUUGCAGCCCCGCCGAAAAGCAAUUGUAAGUUUUCGCCAAUUAAUGUUAGCCUUAGGAAGUUUCAGAUUCAUUGUGGAUGUACACGUGUUGAUGUUAUUUACGUAUACUGUCUUGAAAGAUAAACUGGCAAGUCAGUUAUAUAUAACUUGGAGUGUGGCUGUUUACAAUUGCGUGCUGUAACCGGCCGGGGCCACCUAGACAGGGCUGACCCAUGGGAUUAAACUCAAAUAACAAUAAAAUUUCAAGAAAGAUGGUCGUCAACUUAAUUACUACAAAAUCUACCAAUUACAACCUUUUAAAAUGUGACCCCCUUUUGUACUUGUUCUGAAGGAGAGCCCAUGUUUUCCGAGUGGUCCGUUAGAGUGAUUGAUCAUGACAGAAGUGAAGAACGUAAACGUUGGUUAAAUUUUUAACUUGAAGUUGUAUGUUUUUGGAAAGCGCGGUAAUGUUAACGAAGAAAUUGCUUGUUCAUGACAAAUAGCAGCUUUGUGACAAAUAAGUGUGUCUCCCAAACGUUAUCAAAAAAGUUUUUAACGCGAACAACAUCACUGAAGAUAAUUUUUCUGGGAAUUUUUCUUUCAUGGACACGAUUAUUUUCAAUAUUUGAAUUUUGUGCUUCCAGUAACUCACUUUGGUCUUACGAGCUGACGAAUUGGCUAAAAACUACUUUUUCGAAAUAUAUUUUUAUUUUCUUGUAAUCUGAUUGGUCUACUUUGUCCAGGAGGCUCCAGUAACAGUAGGCACGUUCAAAGUUUUGAAGGUAAUUUUAGAACGUGCUCAUUUGAUUCAAUUAUUUUUAAGAUUGAAUCUGACCCAUCCAAGUAGCGGCACGAGGGAGCUUUAGCAGCCUUUUUCUGUACACGUUAAAACCUACGAAAUUUUCUUUUUUUGUGGUUCUGCGUCAUGCAAUGCAGCAGUAAUCCAUUCGUGACAGAAUGAAGCAAAUUUGUAGAAGGCUAUAAGCGGGUCUCGUAUGUCACGUUUAAUUUUCCCUAAUACGUCUUAGGAUACCCACUCGUUGGGAUAACUUUAGCGAUGUAAUCGAUAACACCAUAUAAUUUCUCCGAUUGUCUUUCAAGUUGAGGCCCAGUGAUAGUUUUACUAAGAUGACCUGAAACUUUGAUAUUUUACUUUUAAGUAAAAAGACGCCAUAAUCAUAGCCGUAUUUUGUUCUUGAUUUAGAACCAUUUUAGUUUCAACAUUCAAAAGAGAUUUAGUCUUAAUGUCACAGGUUCCGACUUUCUAACCAUCGUAUUUUCACAGAAUUGUGCUUCCUUUAAGUGAAAAGGAAGAUCAUUCAUAUGUAUUAUCAAUAAAAGGGUACUGAGCCUAGUAUUGAUCCCUGUGUGACUCUAAACUUUGAGGAAAGUUCAUUAUCGAUGUGACUUAAAAAUAGCCGUCGCCAUAGAACAAACUACAUUUAGUGGUUAGCAUUGGAGCCCACGCACGGUUAACACGAAGGUUUCACAACGGGUCUUCUGAUUUCUCAUUUUAUUUAUGUUAACUUAUCAUAGAAUAGCCUCUUACUUGUGUCAUGUUAGCAGUAUAGGAGGGAUGCCUUACUCCGGAUUUCAUAACGUUUGUCUUUAUCUCUUGAACAGAAUGCGCAGGGAUCUCAUUAAGAUAAGGUCAUGUGCUAUUUUUAGUUGGUUUAACCGGUUUUAUUCAAGAGAUAAAGACAAAAGGUUAUGACGUCAUCGGCGUUAAUGUAUUUCUGCGCAAGUUAAUGAGAUUCCUGCGCAAAAAUCCGGAGUAUUACAUCCCUCCUAUACUACUCAUGUUUGACUUCUUUUCUUAUUAGCUUUAAAGGUGAUUUUUUUGGUCUGCGGUAGCCUAUCUUUGCCUAAGAAGGACGAAGACAUAAUCCAUCAAACAAUAUACCGUACGUUCAAAGGAAAAGACAAAGGAUUCAUAGCUUGGUUGAAGAAUGGGAGACUGACGGUAGACCCUGAUGUCUUGGCGCAGCUUCUGAAUCCCGCAUUCACCAUGUCGUGUGUAGUGACACCAAGCAGCCCCCAAGGGGCUGUUCAAGGACAGAGCAGUGUCCCUUUACACUCAUUUGAUCGACGACGUCAAGUGGAACAGCCAACAGAAAGAAAACCGGGAUAUGGCUGGGAAAAUGAGAAUCUGCAGCAACAACGAGUAUCCUUUCCUGUGGCUGCAACUCCAACCUACAACACCAAACAAAACCGUAUGAUUGGAAAAUUGGUGCUUAAAAGUAAACUACGCUAUGGUAACAUAUCAUUCAACUCGGCAGAUCUUGAAUUUCUUAGCGAAGAAUUCUGUGAAAUCGCUGAUGACACUGCUCAAGUUCUUCUAAAAACAUACAAACACAUCGAUGAGAGAAAACUUAAAAUCAUGUCAAUCGCAAGCCAUAAAUCGCAGAUAGUUUAUGUCGGUGACCAAGGAAUAGAGAUGGCCGACAAUGACUUACUUUUGUUAAAAACUCGUGUUAUCAAUGGUAUGGUAUCUUUUCAUGAGGAUCACAUUGAGGUUCGAUAUCCCCCUGAUUGGCAAGUACCUGUGUACUUACUUGAAGACCUGAGAAGGAAGGCGUUUAACGGCAAACUCUUUAUCAUUUCUGACGAAAAAGGAAAUUUAAGAUGCACUGUAAAGAGGACAGAGGGGGUUAAGGAAGCUGCAGUAGCUGGAGUGAGAGAUAUGGUUCUGGCCUUCUGGCCUUCUUGACUUCGAAGAAAUAAUCAGCAGGUACAAUAUAAAAAUAAACUCUGUUUAGCCUAACUAAUAAGAUGGCGCAUUUUUCAAUGCCACUAAGACCCAGGCUAUGAUUCGUAAGGGUAAAUCCUGAUCUACCUGUAACAAUGAACUCACCAUGAACUGAAGUAAUAUACAGAUUAUCGAUGAACUUAAGUUGCUGGGAGUUGAGAUGGGUAAUAAGAUUACUUUCUCUCCACAUGUUUAAUUACUGUUCUUAGUAAAAUUCCUGCGAAGGUAGUCGCCCUUCCCAGAAUUAAGAGUUUUAUUGAUAGCGACACCGCGCUUUUUUUGUGAGACGUAUAUAGUUCCCCAUUUCGACUAUUGCAGCCAUCUGUUAAUUGGAAUGAAUUAGACCUUAACAAAAAAAGUUAGAAAAUGACAGUUAUCAUAUGUACUUAGAGCUCUUUUUAAAUUGCCCAUGUUUAUCAGCUACGGGGAGAUUUUGUCACAGUAUAACUUAGACAUUAUCAAGUAUAGGCGUCUGGUCCAAGCUCUCACACUUAUGUUCAGAGGCUAUCCUAAGUAUAUAUUAUUAUGAUAUUAAAAAACUGUGAGUACAAUCUUCGUGGUAAUAGUAGCAGACUUAAUCAGCCGGCCCCAGAGUAAUACUACUUUUAAGCACACGGUACAAAUCUUUCUCUUAUAUUGCAUGUCGACUCUGGAAC